AUGAACGUCGCAUGCUGCGAGGACGGCUGCCGCGGGAUCCCGAACGACAACGUGCCGCUCUUCGUGUCCCACCUCAUCCUCGUGACGCUCUCGACGGCGUCGUGGAUCCUCUGCGCGGCCGUGCUGAAGGACGACUGGCCGACGCACGUCGAGUCCUGGCUCGUGUUUGACCUCGCGCUCGCCGCCGCGGAGACGCUCUACGGGGCGUGGGCCUGCGUCGUCGACGCGCGCGACACGACGUUCUUCGAGCGCGCGACGCGGAGCUUCCUCGUCGCGGACGGCGUCUUCGCGACGAUGCAGCUGGCCGUCGCCGUCACGGGCGCGGCGCCGUGCGGAAAUCAAGCGGUGAGUUAGGUUUGCAGCUAAGGGGGGCGCCUGAAGUUUUAUUUCCACGCAGGCGCGGCCUACUGGCGCGGCGGCGGGUCGAGCGCGGACGAGGUCUUCGACUGCGCGGUCGUGCUCGCGUGGUUCGCCCUAGCGGCGCUCGCGGUGAUGGCGUGGCAGGACAAGGUCAAGGGGGGCGACUGA